UCUUGACAACACUCUAUCGAGGAACAACUUGAGUUUGCAACGAAUGCGCAACCAGGACCACUAAAGCUGCUACUACUAUCGUUAAAAUGACUAUACCACUUGCGAGCUUUGUUCAGUUCGCCUUCUCAGACGUCGGGGCCCUGUGCCUGCUAGCUGUCGUCUGUCUGCCCCGUCUGCCGCCCAUGCCUCAUAUGCCUCCUCCACCUCCUGCUUGUCCAACUUGCUCUACUCGUCCACGCCAGGCUUGAGGACUGAGUAGCCAGUCAUAUCCGUUUGGAGAUUCAUCUGGG